AUGGAAUGCAAGUGUAACAACUAUGAGUACUGUCACCACGUAUGUGGCUGUGUGUCAAAUCUGUCAGAAAGUUUUGGAAACGCAACGAUGUUCCAUAAUGUUACCAAAAUAGAACGUGAUAUUAGCAUAAAUGAGACUAAGCAGAUACUUUUCAUGGGACAAUGUUUAUCUUCAACAGAAAAUACGAUCAACUUAGCAGUCAGCACUACUGGAAUCGAUAUUGACGGAGUUCAUAAUGCGAUAUACAUUACUGAAGAAGGAAACAGAGAAAGCAACACUCAAAGUAGAGAAGAUACGACUGGAGAUCCACUCUACGGGACCUUCGAAGAUCCUUGUUACAGUACAUUAACACUGAGGGUAAACUACGGCCCUGUACAUUCUAGUGAUGGAAAAGGAUCUUCUGAAGAUUUUAAUCCAUAUGACUUAAUGUAUGAAGGGAAGGGAAAUGUGGCUAGAGUACAAGAAUCGAACGACAAUAAUUUCUAUUUGGAUAAAGAAAGUGUACAAACGCAAAUCAGCUCAACUCAAAGACUGUAUGAAGACCCGUGGAGAAAUGAUUAUAGUAACUCCCUUUUGCAUCACUCUUCACAAAGGCGGUUUGACCUCAUGCCAGUUGAUGAAUGUUGCAGUGCUCCACGGGGAAAAGAAUACGGGCCCUACGAGCUGGCAUCUAGCGACUAACUAGGAAAGUUUAAUCGACAAAGAAA